GAUGUUGUCUGUUGGGAUGCAACACGAGUACAGUUAACUCAUAAUGUACCGCCAGCAACAGAUUACAUUCACGCGAACUGGGUGAAAUUCGACAAUUUCGACCGGGUAUACAUACUGACACAGGAGAUUGAAAAUGAAAAUCAGAAAUGUGUAAUGUACUGGCCGCAACAUGCCGGAAGUUUCAAUACGUACAGCAAGGUAGAGCAUCAAGAAAACUUCGUUAUUUAUACUAUAGAAGUACUGCCUGAAGGUUGCUCAAAUUCACAUAUUGUAAAAAUGAUCCAUAUGCCAAACUGGCCCGAUAAAGGGAUGCCACCAAGUGGACGGCAUGUGCUACGACUUUUACGAAGAAUAGUGGUAAGUUGGAUCAACAGUUCUCUGAAUUCAAAUCGAAAAGCUUGA